GUUAGGUAAUCUAAUUACAAAAUCUCCUAUCUUGCAUGCCACAAACAUAGUAGUAUAUACAUAUGUACAACCAAUUUUAUCUUUCUUCCAAGCAAUUCCAAUUAUGGGAAAGAUUCUACUGGUUUAUGUCAUGGUUAUUCUUGCUCUUGCAUACUCAGGUUCAGCCACUAACUACAUGGUGGGUGAUAAUUCUGGCUGGGAUAUUAGCACUGAUCUUGAUACAUGGUUGCUAGGCAAAAGAUUAGUCGUUGGCGAUGUUCUUUUGUUCCAAUUUUCAACGUACCAUAGCGUGUAUGAGGUAACAAAGGAGAAUUUCGAUGGGUGCAACAUAACCAAAUCACUAAAAUCGAGCAGCAAAGGCAAUACAUCUUUCCCAUUAACAAAGCCAGGGGACAGUUACUUCAUUUGUGGGAACAGGUUACAUUGUCUUGGAGGGAUGAAACUUCAUGUAAAUGUUGAAGAUAAUAGAGUAGUUUCUCCAGCUGCAGCUCUGGCACCUCAGGCCAGGGCCUCUAGUUUUCCUACACCUUCUUCUAAGAGCAACAACCCUUCAACUAUCGUUCCUAGUUCAACUAAUUUGUCCAACCAUGUUGGUUUAGAUUCUAUACUUUUGGCAACACUUGGGUUCUUGCCCUUGGUAUUUUGCUUGAUGCGAAUUUGAGGAUCUUCACAUUUUAGUUAAGGGUGUGUUUUGGAUUGUUU